UAUUCGAGGUGUCUGCGGCCCUGCUGGGCUUUUUGUCGUCCUCUCACCGUCUGGAGGCUGUGGUGCUGGAGCUUUCGGCUUAUUGAGUCAAUCCGCACUGGCGGCGGAGGCGAGCGUCAGCGAGGACGGCAGGUUCGUUCGGGUGAGCGCCGGCGGGGAGUUUGGGAGAUCCCUGAACGUUUCCGCCGACAGCAGGUCAUACUGCUUGGCUGCACACAAGGGGCAAUCUACAGGAGCCAAUUAACCUGCCAACUCGCGCAUGUGGGAGAAAACCAGAACACUUGGAGGAAACCAAAUGUUGACAGGGAGAUGAUGCAAGUCCAGAUGUAGCACCUGAGAGCUGAAUUAGGCUUGCUCAAGUGACCUGGAAUUUGAAAAGUGGGAAAGAAGAUGUCUUGCCGUGAGUUUAUUGUGUUGUACACUAUUCAGAAAAAACAAAAAACAAAGAAGUGGCAUGAUGGCGUUUUAAAGACCAGUUCUUCUGGGAAUAAGGCAACUUUGUAUGACGAUAAAGGACUUUGUCUGGAUCACAUUUAUAUCAAAUUUGGAGAGAUAAAAUCAGGCAAGGAAUUUGAAAGCGAUCGAUAUUUAAUCACCAUUGAAGAGGAGAAAAUAUCUCAGGAACAGGGCACUAAUUUUGUCAGUCAAGAAGUCACAAAACCUGUCAGAACUAAUGUAAUUCUCAAAAAUCCAGCUGGAUGUCACUUGCCUGUGGGUCUGAAACGAAAGUAUAUUGGCUUCCAAGGACCUCGGGAGAUAUCAAAGAAACUGAUAUUGGAGCAGAAAGAUGAAUUAUGUGAAAUGACUAAAUCCCUGCAACCAAUCACUUCACACCAUCAUCUUUAUGCUACUUCACCCCUUUUUUCUACUAUGUGUACAAAGGAAACCUUAAGUUAUUCUGCUACUUUUCAAGAGGAAUCUUCAGAAACAAAUAAAAGAUGUUCAAAAAGUGAAAACACACUAUGCUCUAAAUUACCUGGCACACUGGCACUGAGUCAUUACCCUAAGUUGAAGGACAGUGAAGAAAUGAACACUUCUUAUUCAACAGAUGCUGGAUUUACUACAAUGGUUUCCAUUUCAGUAGGGUGUUCCCAUAAUAAUGGAACACAUGAAAAUAAGAGGAGCAAAGAACAAAUUUUAGCACUUCUUGACAGAAAAAGUGGAUCAAACUGUAGUACGUUAGAAGCUCUUCAAAUUAAUCCACAGGAGCCUACAGUUGACCCUCGCAUUGCUCAUACAACAGAUGUACCUGACCGUCACACUGGUUUUCCUCCUUGUGAAACAGUGGAUCCCAGACUGGUGCCACAUCAUGAUAUGGAAUUGCUCACAGACUGUGAUUUAACUGGAAAAUUGUGUGAAAGUUUAGGUAGAGGAAGUUCUUGGAAUAGUCAAGAAAUGCAACAGAAGUGUGAGGAGAAGGAAGAUUCAUCUAAUUUAAGCACAAUUGAGAAGACCAAACCAAGGGCGAUUUGUACAACUGUCAGAGAAACAGUGGGUAAUGUUUGCAAGGUAAAUGAAUGUUUUAUCAAAGUGGAUAAUCCAUCUGAGGAACUGCUUUCUACAACUGACAGUGAUCAUUUUAAGCAACCAAUUGCACAAGUAGAAUUGGACACCAUGAACGCUAAUAAUUUUGCUAAUAUAAACUUUGAUCUACUCGGUAAAUGUAUCUUCGAGAAAAUUGGAACAACUAAUCCGAAUGAAAAUGAAAUAUUACCACAGAGAUCAUUGAACAUGCUUGGUACCUCUUCUGAAUCCAUUCCAGCACUUUCCGAACUUAAAGGUAUGGAAGUCCAUCAAGCCGAACUCAUAGAAUUGGAAGCUCAGUCACCUGCUGCUGAAGAGAAGGAUUUGGAUGUAGUUUUGCAUGGAGAGAAACAAACUGAAAUUAAAUCCAGAACUCUCCAAGACACUGCAAGUUUAUCAGAAAAAUAUUCUUCAGAUGCGUGGAAGAAAUCUUUACAUGAACUGAAAGAGCGCAGGUCAAAAACUGAUGGCUGCUCUUUCAUUCAUCCUCUAGAAGACACCAUCUCAGUGUUAAAGUCUUUAGCUGAACAUAGCACUGCAAUAGAAAGCUUAGAAAAGCUUAAUGUACAAAAACAUGUAGACUGUGCAAUUAAUGGGGACCUGGAACAAGCAUUUAAUAAGUCAGAAGCAAUUACUGGGGGAAUGAGUGCCAAGAAUGAGGAUUUAAAGUACUGUAAUAUUUUAAGCCAGAAUCCUGGUUACUGCCCUCCAGAUUAUACUUCAGCUAAAGUUUCAGCAGAACCUUCUUCCCAUUGUCGAAGGAAUUCAUCCACGGAAUUCCCCUAUCUGGCUGAGGCUGCAAAAUAUGUUGGACUGUUUGAAGGACAGUUAAAUGAUAACUGUGUUGAAAGAGUAACAGUUUCUGAGAGACCACUUAGAGCACUACAGAUUUCAGAUUUACCAAUGGAUGCACCAAGUCUCCAAGAUGAGAGCAAUUUUAAAGCUGCUACAGAAGACAUGUGUGCUUGGUAUGAAGAUGAUCAAGUACCAGUGGAUCCUGUUUUAUCAUCAUACAUUCCUGGUCGGCUUAAUUCUUCUGCUUCGCAUUCUGAUUUUGAACCCAUGCAGUGGAACUUUCACAAGGUAAAAUCUCCAGUGCAACAAGUGCCUUCAGUGGAUCCAUUUGUGGACAAUGUGCUCAGCUGCUCAAGUGACAGUAAUGUGGGAGAACUUAAUUAUUCAGAGCCAAAUCACCAGCUGCAAGCCAGCAGAUGUACUUUUGGUAAUGAAACGGCUGAUAGUUUUGUGAAGGAUGGAGGGUCGAGAAUCCAACCAACUUUAAGACUAAGAAGUCCUCUUGUAACUUUGCCUGCAACAGACAAAAGCACCAGUCAGACUCUUCCAUCAGAUUUCUUUGCCAACUUUUCAAGUGUAAUUGAACCCCACACUCUGUGCUCAACUAUUUAUACAGUGAAUAGUCAUGGGGUUUUAUGUGACUCUGCAGAAAAGUACAUGACCAAUAAUUGCAAUAUUUCUGAAAGCACCGAUCCUUACAUGAAUAAAUAUUCAAAACCAAUAGACCUUUAUUCAGUUUUACAAAAUGGGUCUAGCAAGUGGCUGAAAUAUCAAAUUUCAGCACCAACCAAUCCAGUAUCCCUGGAUGAUGAUGACCACAGGGAAGAAAAUCAUAUGUUUAAGAAAGGAAAUGAAAAAGCACCUACAAUUCAGGAAAAUAUAAAAGAUUCACUUUCUGUUCAGCUAAUAAAAGACAAACUGCUCAAACAGAAUGGAAAUAUAUUGACAGAAAAUAAAACCUGUUCUGCAACAAGCACAAGUUCCAUAUAUAAUGGGUACAGUGUACCACGCAAAGCAAAUUGUAUUCUUAACAGGAAAUGUUCUAACAACACCUCACUUUCUGAGUUGCACUUCCCCAAACCUGAUGUAGCACAAGGAGUGAAAACUCUUAAGAGACAAGUAACUAUUCCAGCCACCUUCCUCAAUGCUGCACAUUAUAAAGAUGUUUUCAUAGCAGUAAUAACAGAACAUCUCAACGUUUUGCUCUAUGAAUUAUCUCAAAAAUUUCACAAAGCUUUGUCAAAGGUUGACGUGUCUCAAUAUUCUUCAGAAAAAGCAAGCAAUACAAAAAAAGAAGGAAAUUAUGUCCCCCUUUGUCAACAUCAACAGCCCGCCAAGCUUGUCAUGGUUAAAAAGGAAGGUCCAAAUAAGGGUCGUUUAUUUUAUACUUGUGAUGCUUCAAAAACUGACCAGUGUAAAUUUUUCAAGUGGUUAGAUCAUGUUCAGCCCAUUGAAUUGAGUCAGAAAUUAGAGCCUCAGUCAAAAUUGGAGCUGACUGAUGCCCGGAGUUUGGGUGCCUUCAUUAGAAGUCAAAAUGUUCCAUUAUACUGUGAAUGUCAACUCCACAUAAGAAAAACGUCUGGUUUUCAAAGAAAACAAUUUUAUCGUGGCAGGUGGAAAGAAUCAUUAAAGGAUGAGAAUUUGGAAAACUGCUGUAAGACUAAAUUGUAUCUUUGGUUGAGCAGGAAAGAGCACUCAUCAGUCUACAGUAAAGAUGAUCUCUGGGUUAUAUCAAAAACAUUGAAAUUUGAUCCAUUUGACACUUUCAUUGCAUGCAGUGUUUUCUAUGGGCCAUCAUCAACCGGUGAAAUAGAACUUCUCCCACUGAAAGGCUAUUCUUCUUCUAACUGGCCUGCAGACAUGAUUGUUCAUGCCUUGUUCGUUGGUAAUGUUAGCACUGAACUAACUUCUCUGAGAAACCUGCAGGAAAAUGUUCACCCAGCUUCCCUUCCUCUGAUGCCGUACUUACUCAAAAUGCCUAGUCACAUAGGAGAAACAAUAAACAACUCUGCAAGGCAACAGUUUGUUUCUCCUGCAUUAGUGAAGCCAGCAGUAAUGAGUGGAUUGUUAUGUAAAGAAAGGACAAUGAUGUUGGCAAUGGAAAUGAUACAGGAGUUUCACCUGAAUACAGAUCAAGGAGCUGCAUUCAGACAGGUAGCUCUUAUGAUGGCAAAAGAAGAAAAUUCCCAGGAUCUCAUUCUCCCAGUCACUGUCAUACAUGGUGUCUACGGAGCUGGGAAGAGCUACCUGCUAGCUGUUAUGAUUUUGUUCCUUGUACGUCUUUUUGAAGAAAGUGAAGCAACUGAAGGCCCCAAACAAGUUCAAUGGAAACUUCUCAUCUCUGCCUCUACCAAUGUUGCUGUGGACAGAGUACUACUUGGGCUUCUCGAACUUGGAUUUGAUAAAUUUAUCAGAGUUGGGAGCAUUCGGAAGAUUGCUAAAUCCAUCUUGCCGUAUGGUUUACAUGCAGGUAGUGAUACUGAAGAAAUACGAGAACUACGGGCUCUCCUCAAGGAUGAUCUGACACCAGUAGAAAAAAUGCAUGUGAGGAGGUGUAUUGAACAGCAUAAACUGGGCAGAAACAGAGCAAUGCUCAAAGAGGUGCGAGUGGUGGGAGCUACAUGUGCUGCAUGCCCUUUUCAGUGUAUGAACAACCUGAGCUUUCCAUUGGUGUUACUGGACGAAUGCAGUCAAAUUACAGAACCAACCUCUCUCCUUCCUAUUGCAAGGUUUGGAUGUGCAAAGUUGAUCCUUGUUGGAGACCCUAAGCAAUUGCCACCUACUAUCCAAGGCUCUGAAAGUGUUCAUGACACUGGUUUGGAACAGACUCUCUUUGACAGAAUGUGCUUGAUGGGUCAUAAACCUAUUAUGCUUAGGACUCAGUACAGAUGCCAUCCUACUAUAAGUGCUAUAACCAAUGAACUCUUCUAUGAUGAUAGUCUUAUUGAUGGUCUUUCUACUUUGAACUUGAAACCUUUAUUGGACUGGUUGCCUACACUUUGCUUUUAUAAUGUCAAAGGACAUGAACAGGUGCAGAUGGAUGGCAGCUACCAUAAUCUGGAGGAAGCAACAUUCACUGCAAAACUCAUCCAGUCCCUGAUAGCUAGUGGAAUCAAGGGAUCUAUGAUUGGAGUGAUAACAUUAUACAAAUCUCAGAUGUUCAAGUUAUGUGGAUUACUUAAUUACACCGCUCAAUGUGACCUAGCUGAGAUUAAAGCUGUUCAGGUUUCAACAGUGGAUGCUUUCCAGGGAGCAGAGAAAGAAAUUAUUGUGUUGUCUUGCGUGAGGACUCGACAAGUUGGAUUUAUAGACUCCGAGAAAAGAAUGAAUGUCGCUCUGAGCAGAGGAAAAAGACAUUUGCUAAUAGUAGGCAAUCUGACUUGUCUUAGAAACAAUAGACUAUGGGAAAAAGUGAUUCAUCACUGUGAAGGAGAAGAAAAUGGCUUGAAGCAUGCAUGGCAGUGUGAACCAGAGCUAGAAAAGAUUUUAAAAUCUUAUGAUGACCAGAAGUUAACAGAAAAUGGCCAGAAAGGAAAAAGAAAACUAAAGUCCAGAAGCAGAUUUGUUCUGCCUGAAGUGAACAAUGAAACAGUUAAUACCUCAGAAAUUUCUGAAGUAAAUGAAACACAAGAGGUGUAGGAUUGGCUAAGUUAUCCAAACUGAUUAAUCACUGGCAAGUCACUUAAUUUAUUACUCCUUCUUUGGAGCAAGUAUCCCAUGAGUACCUCCCAAAUCAUUUAGAGAAUUCAGUCUUUAUAUAUAUCUAUCCAUACAGCAGGAGGAUUGUCCAUGUACCAAGGGGAGGAAUUAAGAUGUAUCUUUUGAACUAGUUAUAAGGCAGCUAAAGGACUGAAUUACAGUGUGUUAGCCCAGCCACAUCGCAGACUUGCCACCUAUAGUGCACGCUCACUUUUCCCAGACCUUUGUAGUAUGAAACUGAGGGGUGAGAUAUGGACUCUCUCCCCACCCCCACCGCCAGCAAUAUUUCUGAUUCAGUGAUAGAUCCAAUUGUAGAGCAGGAGAUCUUUUGAUGUACAACCUGAUCUCCAGUUCACCUCAGAACCAUGGAAUGUCUCAGAGUCAAGCAACCCAGUUUGGUCCCAUGUGUAACAGAAAUGUCAGUUUAAACCCACAAAAGCAUCAUACUUGUUUUCCAGUUGAAACGGCAUGUCCUCCUGAGUCCACCAAAUUUAAUGGCCUGGAACAAGUAGAUAGAGAGCCAUGUGAAAUGAAGAACGGCUGACACCUCAGGAGCACAAUUGGGUUUUCCAGAGUUUCCUUUUUCCCUGUUCCUCCAUGUACCAUUUGCUCCUUACUAUUUCACAUUUUAUCAUUACUAUUCUCCUUCAGCCUGCUUCUAAACAUUUCAUUUGGUUGGUGUAUAAGAAUAGGAGCAUUUAAGUAUGAAUUGCCUCACAUUUUUAUGCUUUAAACUUCAUUAAAAAGGCAAAGAUAACAACAUAUAACAUUACAUAACAGCAGAGAAGAACACAAAUGUAUGGAAUGACAACAGCAAGAGUGAAUUAAGUUGACACAAAUGUAUCAAUUUUACACUGAUUGGUCUGAAAGGAACACGCAGCUUGAUCUUGAGUGGCAAGAAGGAACAUUUCAAGAUCAAAUAGAAUUUUGUCUGGUGGAUAUGGAAAAUGAUAACCUUUUGCCUUCUAGCAGCCAAAUUUAAAAUAUAUGUAGGAACUGACUUCUUGUUGAAGAUGUUUCCUUCUGAAUGCAAAGAAUAGUGGUGGGGUUGUAUUUAAUUGCACAUUUUCUAAUCACAUCUGCCUUGCAAACCAAAGUCCUGCAAAGUAAUAAAUCAAUAAGAUGCCGUUAUGUUGUAACGUAACAUUUAGCUUCCAUUCCUGCAGUUCAACAAAAUCCCCAUCAGCAGGAGGGUUUAGUAGUAGACUUUUCUCUGCAGCCGCUAUUUCAUGAUUUUGGCUUGGUGAAUUUUUUUGUCUUGUGAAGUUUCCCUUCUCAUUAAAUUGUGUUUUUCAUUAUUCUGAUAUGGCAAAGAACAUUGUUUCUACAAAGGCAGUAACUCAUGUCGGGUGCAGUCUGGUUAACGUUUCUUUCUUGAAGCAGAACUAUACUUACCCAUAUUUAUUUUACGUAAGGCUAACAUCAGACAAAAUAAAAAUUCAUUCAUCCACUUCUGGGCUGGUCUUGAAUACUAGUCUCAGAAAGAAAUGAACAAAGUGAUAAUCUGCUUUCCAGUUUCAGCAUGCUUUUUCAUUCUUUUAAUAAUUUAAGCUUUCCAUUUACCAAUCUACCCAAAAGAGAAUAGAUUCAACCUAGCUGUAAUAAGCAGGUAUGAGCAACAAACACUUGGGGUGAAUAAAUAAAAUCAGAACUAAAUUUGCAGUGUAGCUCGUAAAUAUUUAUUUGUAUGCAGAAAUAAUAUAUUUUAGAUAAUCAGAAAAUUGAGAAAUAUCUUAGAAUUGCAUUUUUCUGACAUUUAUUCAUUUCAUUUAAUUGUUUAAAUAGCUAGAAAUCAAUGUUUAGAAGUUUUAAGAAAAUUACUGCAAUUUACUGUGAUAUGAAUUAAAUAUUUUAAGUAUGGUAAUAAAGGAAAAUUAUACAUUGUA